UCACACUGUUUUCGAAUAGUUGCACCAUUUUGCAGUGCACUGUAGAUUGUUUGCUGUCAUUCUGUGACACAAAUUUUAUAUAAACAAUAAACCGAGCAACGUGUGUUUUCUUGCAAUAUGGACUUUGCGAAGAGUGUUUUACAAAAAUAUGGCUGGAAAGAAGGGUGUGGGCUCGGCAAAAACAUGAAUGGAAUUACGGUCCCGAUCAAAGCAAGACUGAAGAAAGACAAUAGCGGAUUGGGAGCAAAUGAAUUGCAAGAAGCAACUAGCAACUGGUGGGAACGUGUUUACAAUGAAGCGACUGGCAAUGUAGAGAUACAAUCCGGAAGCCAGAAUAACGGCGAAGUUACCCUUCAGCAGCUGAAUCCGGAUGCGGUUGAGAUUACCACCAAAAGUUAUUCUGUAAACAAAUUGAAGCGAAUGGAUCAGAAUCAGAAUGGCUCUAGGUAUGGGAAUGUAUUCAUUAAAGCUUCCACGUUGUUGGGUGGUGCAGGCCGUGAGGAAGAGGUACCUGAUCACAUCCGUACUGAGGAUAUUGCGUUUAAUCCUGUGAAGCAUCUUACGGACGAGCAGUUGUUUGCAGCGUGCGGUGGCCGAACGGCUCACAAAGGUGCUCGCCAUGGAUUGGGCUUGACUGGUAAGCUGGCGCGGAUUGAAGAACAAAACAAUAAGCUCUUGCAACAGUUGGAAAGCAAAUCAUUCGAAGCUGUGAUAAAAUCGAACGAUUGGCAGGUACAGCUAUCUAAAAACGGGCGGAAAAGGUCGAAAAAACAGAAACGAAACGAACAAAGAUGGAUCGAGCACGGAUCGGCGGAUGUAGAUGAUGGAGUAAAGGAUAUGGUGCAUCAUGCAGAUUACGUGGUGGCCAAAAAUAAGAAGAAAAAGAAAGCUCAACAGAAAACCGAUCAAGAUCUGGCAAGUGGAAUGGGGAGCAUGUUUGCAGAAUUACCGGAAGAAAACGGCUUGGAGGAGAAUGAGCCGGAGGUGCCGAACACAAAAUCGAAACGCAAAUCAAAAAAAGCUCGUUGCGUGAAUGAUGAGCUAGACCUGCUGAGUGAAAAAAUCCGUAAGUUAGAUCACAGUUCAGUGACAAUUAAGAAAAAGGACAAGAUGAAAGGGAAAAAGCUAAAACAGGCACAGAGCAAUGGCGUUGUUGGCGAUGACGAUACUGCGAUGCUUGAUCCGGCCGCCAAGUAUCGCAAGGAUUAUCGCCCCGACUUGAAACAAAACAAUCGUUUGCUCAAAUUGCUUGUGCCUGACGAGGUUUCGGAAGAAAAGCGCGUUAAAAAACCGGCAACCUUGCUUCGAUCCGAUUCCAGUGACCAAGAGGAAGAGGACGUGGUGCAGCGCGUGAACGAAGAACAGAAUCGGUACUGGUCGAAAAUGCGAGCCACCGUGCCAAAGAUAAACAUCAUUGAACCGACGGAAGAUGAUUGCUUCGCAAUGGGGCAAAGCUUAAAGGAGCGCCAUAAGAACGACGUGAAGCGCGUUGGUAAUCGAACUGCCAGUGGGAAGCGCAGGAAAACCAAGAAAAGCCAACGCCAAUUGGCGCAGCUAGCGGACAAACUGUCCAAAAAUUUAUGAACGGAAAGCAAUAAUUUCUUACCAACACCAAACUGUGGUAGGUCUCUAUUUUGAAGAGAAAGCACAUAUGUCUGGUCAUUGUGAAUGAAGCUAUUAUCGUUUUUAUUUUAUUGCCCCUCUUGUGUCGGAGUAAUAAUUUAGAUGCAUCUCAUGGAUAUCGUAUACUUAUCCAGGUGUAAAACUUGUUAUUAAGUAAACAUAAUAAAGUGCAUCUUCACACAUUGGGGCUAUCGUGAAUUACUAAAA